AUGGCCAGCUGCCAGGUGCAGGGCGAGCCCGACCUCUACGGGCUGGGAAUCCGCGUCGCCUUCUACAUCCAGUGGUUCGGCGCCAUCCUCGUGGAAUACCUCGAGGUGGCCGGCCUGCCCGACAUGCGCCUCCUCGGCCUGCUGUUCUCGGCCGCCGCCCUCAUCGGCCUCGUCGUCAGGCUCUCCGCCGCCACGCUGCAGCCCGCCGACGUCUACAUCGUGCUCCUCCUCGCCACCGGCGUCUACCUCUUCCUCGUCCCGCUGUACGCCUGGAAGGUCGUGACCUGCUUCCGGCCUUACUGGGACCCCUUCCGGUGGUCCAGCGAGACGCCGACCCCCGCUUUCAAGGGGCUCAACUUCACCCUGCUCCUGGCCGUCACCUCGCUGGCCAUCUGGUACUGGUGCGCCUUCGCGCCGGAGAACCCGUGCUCGUCGGAGCAGUACGGCUUCCUAUUCAGCCCCAUCAGCCUGGGUAACAAGGGCUUCAUCGCCUCCAACGCCAUCUUAUACCUGGUCAUCCUGCUCGCCUGCGCCCUCGUUCUGCUGCUCAAGAUCGGCUGCAAGGUGCCGUAUUGGCGCGCCAGACGGAAGAAGCGAAGAGUCAGCAAAACGCACAUCGUGGCGGUCAAAGAGCUCAAGACGCUGAGCGACGUGGCCGUCGCGGCGACCCUCACGGCCGCCGUCGAGCUCACCGUCUCGUGGAACGGCAUCACCCGCGCCAACUACGUCUCCGACACCGCCCAGGUCCUGCCGCUUCUCGUCAGCGCCGGCUUCCUGGUUCGCAUGCUGUUCCUGCACUUCGCCGGCGCGGACGGUGGAUCGGACUCGUCCGAGGAGGACAGCAACUACGGGGGGUCACAUAGCUACAUGACGGAAUCGCAGGGCGGGCUGCCCCCGGCGCCGCCUCCCACUCACCCGCGAGGCUAG